AAUCCGAUCCAAGGCCGCGGCUUGAAAAAUGGCAGCGCACUGUUUGGUUGUGGACAACGGCGGUGGUUCAAUCAAAGCCGGGUACACGACUCAAGAUGCGCCCAGGAUCAUCCCCAACUGCAUCACCAAGGCCAAGAGUGAGAGACGCAGGCAGUUUGUGGGGGACCAGCUGGACGACUGCAAGGACAUGUCCAGCCUCUUCUACCUCCUGCCCUUCCAGAAGGGUUACCUGGUGAACUGGGACAUUGAGAAGCAGGUGUGGGACUACAUGUUUGGCAAGGACGUUUUUAACGUGAAGUAUGAGGACACUUGCAUCAUCCUGACGGAGCCCUUCUUCAACUUCCCCUCCAUCAGGGAGACCCUGGUGGAGGUGCUUUACGAAGAGUACCAGUUCCACUCUCUGCUUCUCACCAACGCGGGUGCCCUGAGCUGCCUCAAGUACCGGCGGGAGCACGCCCGCGAGCUGGCCUGCCUGGUGGUGGACACGGGCUUCUCCUUCACACACCUGGCUCCCUACCUGAAGGGGCGGCUAUGCAAGGCCGGCGUGGCCCGCAUCAACCUCGGGGGCAAGGCCCUCACCAACCACCUCAAAGACCUGGUUUCCUACCGGCAGCUACACGUCAUGGACGAGACCUACGUCAUGAACCAGGUGAAGGAGGAUGCCUGCUUUGUCUCAACCAAGUUCUGGGAGGACAUGGACAUUGCACGGAAGCACGGCCGGGAAAACACCGUGGCUCGUGACUACGUUCUCCCGGACUACACAGUGAUCAAGAGAGGCUAUGUGCGGCCACUCGAAGAAACCACGGGCCGACCUAAAGACAACGAACAGAUGAUCCGCCUGAACAACGAGCGCUUCAUGGUCCCGGAGCUGCUGUUCCACCCGUCGGACAUCGGCAUCGACGAGAUGGGCAUCCCCGAAGCGCUGCUGCACGUGGUGUCCGGACUGCCCAAGGAUGUGGGACCCCAUAUGCUGAAGAAUGUGCUGCUCACUGGAGGCAAUGCCUGCUUCCCGGACUUUGGAGAGAGAGUGUACAAAGAACUGCGGAGCCUUUGUCCUGAGGUCUUUGAGGUCAACGUCACAGCCCCUGACAACCCCAUCACCUAUGCCUGGGAGGGAGGAGUAAUGGCUUUUCAGGAUGCUGACAUGACGAAGCAAGUUGUCACCAAGAAACAGUAUGAAGAGCAUGGGACAGCCUUUUGUCUCGACAAGUUUGACACUUAACUAUAUUUCCCAGUGCCUUCAUUCAUCAUCUUACAAGCAGUAUCACUCAUGGCCUUGGCAAAUAAAAGCCAAUAGUUCAGGCUGAGUGUUGCCAUUCUCAAGACA